CAUGGCGGCCGAGCACGGCGGGGGCCAGCAACUGUCGCAGGAGAUGAUGGAGGUUGACAGGCGGGUCGAGUUUGAAGAAUCGGGCGAUGAAGAAGGGAAGAAGCAGAGCAGCCGUAUAGUGGCAGACCUCAGCGAGCACAGCCUGAAGGAUGGAGAGGAACGGGGGGAAGAAGAACCAGCAGGACAAGAGCUGCCUGUGGAUAUGGAAACCAUUACCCUGGACAGAGAUGCAGAGGACAUUGACCUGAAUCACUACUGCAUUGGAAAAAUUGAAGGAUUUGAGAUUCUGAAGAAAGUAAAGACUCUCUGCCUCCGUCAAAAUCUAAUUAAGUGCAUUGAGAACCUGGAGGAGCUGCACAGCCUCCGAGAACUGGACCUGUAUGACAACCAGAUCAAGAAGAUAGAGAAUCUGGACACACUAACAGAGCUGGAGAUUCUAGAUAUUUCUUUUAAUCUACUGAGAAACAUUGAAGGGGUUGACAAGUUGACAAAACUGAAAAAGCUCUUCUUGGUCAACAAUAAAGUCAAUAAAAUUGAGAACUUGAGCAACUUACGUCAACUGGAGAUGCUGGAGCUGGGAUCCAACCGCAUCCGGGCCAUUGAAAAUAUCGACACGUUAACCAAUUUGGACAGUUUGUUUUUGGGGAAAAACAAGAUCACUAAACUUCAAAACCUGGAUGCACUCUCCAACCUGACAGUCCUCAGUAUACAGAGCAACAGGCUGACCAAGAUGGAGGGUCUGCAGAGCCUGGUAAACCUGAGGGAGCUGUACCUCAGCCACAACGGCAUCGAAGUGAUAGAAGGCCUGGAGAACAACAACAAACUCACGAUGCUGGACAUUGCGGCAAACAGAAUUAAAAAGAUUGAAAAUAUCAGCCAUCUAACAGAGCUGCUGGAAUUCUGGAUGAACGACAAUCUCCUCGAGAGCUGGAGCGACCUGGACGAGCUGAAGGGAGCCAAGAACCUGGAGACAGUAUACUUGGAGGGGAACCCCCUGCAGAAGGACCCACAGUACCGACGGAAGGUGAUGUUGGCACUGCCUAGCGUGCGGCAGAUCGACGCCACCUUCGUCAGGUUCUGACCCUCCUCGCCCUCACUUGCUCUUUCUCUCCAAAAGAACUUCCUGGCCACGGUUUUUUAAUCCACCCGUUGCUCCUGAAAUCAUCACUAUCAACGGUCACAACCCAAUGGCAAUAAAAAGGCACUGAGUGAUCACUGCCGUGUGUACUGCCAGUCACACUCUGGGAGGCAUUGCUGUUCCAUGCACCACACGGUGUCCCAUUGCUCUGUGUCCUCUCUGAGGGAGGUCACUCAAGCAUCCGUGUGCUGCUGGGUGGGCAUUCAGGGGUCGUCCCAGUGGCCUGAAGCCUAUCAGCCCAGAGCUUCUAGUCUUUUAGACCAGUGAUGCCAGUGUUUUAAAAUGACAUUUUAAAACAAAACUGCGUAAAGGAUGGCUCAGCCCUCUGUGCUGUGACCCUCAGCUCUCUUAAAGAGCAAUGUCGUGUGCAGGCCCCGAUCCUCCUGUUCCCCCUGCCCCUGCGGCCCUCUGAGGUCAUGUUGCCACUGACAGAUGGUAAACCCACCUGAGGCUCCUCAAAGACUUUCUGCAAAGAGCUCGCCUCUGACCACCUGCAACAUUGUCUCCCACUCUGACCCCAUCAUCGUGUUGAUUCGUGUUUUAUAAAAUUUACCUCAACA